UUAAAUAUCAUAGCAAGCCGCAGUCCAAAGUCCAAACUACCAAUUCAAAAUAGUACCAAAUUUUGUUUUCCUUUGACUAAUUAUACAAGUUCCAAAUAUUUGGUCUUAUCUUAUCUAAAAACAAAAAUUUGAAUCAAAAUUGAAAAUGGCAGAGGAAGCAGCAUCAGCAGAGAUGAAGCAAAAUGGGAUGAUGAUCGUAGCAGUUGAUGAGAGUGAGUGUAGUAGCUAUGCUCUGAAAUGGGCGUUACAAAAUCUGGGUGAUAAACUCAAAUCUGGUGUUAUUCUUUUGACGGCUGUUUCUGUUACACAGAGUGGUGUUUUUGCUGGUGGUUACGGCACUGUUCCUCUUGACCUGGUAACAUCAAUCCAAGAGAAUCAGAAAAAGUUUGCAACUUCUCUCCUAGCGAAAGCUAAGGAAAUAUGUGCACAAUAUGGGGUUGAUGCGGAGACACUGUGUGUGAUGGGCAAUCCGAAAGAUGCGAUAUGUGAUGCAGUGGAGAAGUUUCAUUGUAAUUUACUUGUCAUGGGAACUCAUAGUCGAGGAGCUCUACAAAGGGCAUUUCUUGGAAGUGUUAGCAACUACUGCAUUCAUCAUGCAAAGUGUCCUGUUCUUGUAGUAAGGCAACGUGUCUGAAGGAAAUCUACAAUUUGCUAUUAUUGUAAAUAAGUAACUAUGUUGUAAUAGCAUGCUACUACACUAGUGUCGACAAAUAAAAUAAAAUAUUUUUUUUUGGUGUUUAGAGAGCCACAAGGGUGGGGUGAGAAUCAAUCCCAGGAUUUCUUGGAAUUGAAGAGAAAGCUCUAACCACUUGAGCUAUCUCUCACUCUCAAUAAAAUAAAAUACUUUCAUCGUUCUAAAAUAAUUAGCCACAUGUGAUUGUUUUCAUGUCUACAAUAGGGACUACCUUAGUUUUGAUAUACAGUCUAAUAUUACUCUUAAUUUUUGAAUCUCCAAUACCUAUUAGAAAAUCAAUGUAGAAUCUAAUUUCUUUGAGCUAUUCAGGGUUGGUUGGUUUAAAAUAUAACCAUGUGUUUGUCUA